AGAGUCUUUUGACUGAAUAGAAGAUAUUAGACAUUUGUAUUAUAUUUUUUCUUUAUUGUAUUUGGCCAUUACUUUGUAACGCAAGAUCUUGUAAUAAUAUUUUAUUUUGUUGUCAUCUUAAGACUCUGUACAAUGACUGCCGAUGAGUGUAUAUCACAGAGUGAUUCCAAGGAAAUCCCGGUCUCUGGAAAUGAUACUGAAAGUUCUGUUAAAACUGAAGAAUAUCAGACUGUAGCACUCCAUAACUCCAAAAACCAACCAAAUGGGGAUUGCUCAUUCCCUGUCAUGAAGAAUAACACAGGCGAUGAACCGGAAAUACCAUUGACGACUGGAGAUGUGCGUCUCGCUCAAGCCCAGGAGCUGUGGAGCACAGCCAGAGACAAGCCUGUCAAACUGAGGAUGGAGACAUCGGGACUGGGCUCAGAACCUCCAAUGACGAUCCAUCAGAUGUUCCUGGCUACAGUGCAGAAGUACGGAGACUAUCCUGCCCUCCGUGCGAAGAAAGAUGGAAUGUGGGUCACUCUGACCUAUAAGGAGUACUAUCAACAUGCAAGAGCGGCAGCCAAAAGCUUUCUGAAGCUUGGCCUGGAGCGAUUCCAUGGUGUUGGUAUUCUGGGCUUCAAUUCUCCUGAAUGGUUUAUAGCCGACGUUGGAUGUAUCCUAGCAGGGGGACUGGCCACUGGAAUCUACACCACUAACUCUCCAGAGGCCUGCCAGUAUGUCGCUCAUAACUGUGAAGCUAAUGUUCUAGUUGUGGAAAACAACAAACAACUGGUCAAAAUCCUCCAGGUCAGAGAUCAGCUGCCACAUUUGAAGGCUAUUGUUCAGUACAAGGGCGAACUGGAGCAGAAGUUACCAAACGUAUAUACGUGGGCUGAAUUCAUGAAGUUUGGAGCAAAUGUUCCUGAUUCUGAGCUGGAUGUGUUGAUAGACUGUCAAAAGGCCAACGAGUGCUGCACAUUAAUCUACACAUCAGGCACCACAGGGAAUCCCAAAGGGGUCAUGCUCAGCCAUGAUAAUAUCACUUGGACAGCCAGCGCAGCAGGUCGCAUGAUCUAUCUGAAGAUGGCUGAGGAAGAACUCGUGAGCUACUUGCCCUUGAGUCACGUGGCAGCCCAGGUCCAAGACAUGUGGAUCUGCAUGAGGUUUGCCGGCAUAACCAAUUUUGCCGAGCCGGAUGCCCUGAAGGGCUCCCUGGCCAACACUCUGAGAGAGGUGCGUCCCACGAGCUUCUUGGGAGUUCCUCGAGUGUGGGAAAAAAUGCAGGAAGCAAUGAAAGCCGUUGGUGCAAAGUCGUCUGUCACAAAAAAGAAGAUUGCAGACUGGGCCAAGGGGAUCGGACUUCAAGCUAGCUAUAAUGCCAUGAAUGGUGAUUCCUCAGUGCCGUGGGGCUUCACGUUGGCGAAUGCCCUGGUUUUCAAGAACGUAAGAAAAGCUCUGGGUCUUGACCGCUGUAGGACUUGUUUUACAGGUGCAGCUCCAAUCACCAAAGACACACUGGAGUACUUCAUGAGCCUUUACAUCCCCCUCUUUGAGUUGUACGGCAUGAGCGAGAGCACUGGACCUCACUCCAUCUCCUGGGCUGAGGGUUAUCGCAUUAUGAGUUGUGGUAAGGUGUUGACUGGCUGCAAAACUAAGUUAGACAAGCCAGAUACUGAUGGGACCGGUGAGAUAUGUUUCUGGGGGAGGCAUGUGUUUAUGGGAUACCUGAACAUGCCAGAAAAGACUGAGGAGGCACUGGAUACAUUUGUUUAUACAUGUGUAUCUAAUGACCUUAUUCUUGCAGAAUUAAUCAUUACUGCUGGUGGAGAAAAUGUACCACCCGUCCCUAUUGAGGACACCCUAAAAGAGGAGGUGUCAAUCAUCAGCAAUGUCAUGCUGGUUGGAGACAAAAAGAAGUUUCUGUCUAUGCUACUCACACUCAAGUGUAACGUUGAUGACAAUGGAGACCCCACAGAUGAACUGACCCCAUUAGCGGUGGAGUAUUGUCGGCAGCACGGUGUAAUUGCCAGCAAAGUUUCAGAGAUCGUUAACAAAAAAGAACCAGCCAUUUACAAAACCAUCCAGGAGGGCAUAGACCGUGUAAAUGCCAAAGCCACAUCCAAUGCCCAGAGAGUCCAGAAGUGGACCAUCCUUCAACGAGACUUCUCCAUAUCUGGCGGAGAACUUGGUCCAACCAUGAAGCUCAAAAGACCCGUCGUCAGUAAAAUGUACGAAGAAUAUAUAAACAAAUUUUAUGGUGAAUAACAGAAGAACUCAAAUGAAACUGUGGGAAUUAAAUGGCUGACUACACUGGAAUCAUAGUCUUUUGCCUUUGACAAGUAAUCUGUAUUUUGCUCACUCCAGGGCUUCCAAUGGACCUCACUAUUAUAACACAAGUCAAACUUUAGAUCUUUUUAUACCAAUAGAUUUAUUACCUUCGGUCACACUUUAUAUUAAGUGGCCUUAACUACUAUGUAUACUUACAUCAAAAAAUAAGUACAAU